AUGGUUUCAUCCAAUUAUAGAGGUUUUGUUUAUUUAUUACACCCUACACCGGAAUUAUGGACACUUGUUCUUCCUCAUCGUACACAGAUCUUGUAUAUAGCCGACAUUUCAUUCAUCACAGCACAACUUGGUCUAAAGCCAGGUGUUAAAAUGAUAGAGUCUGGCACUGGAUCAGGGUCAUUCUCUCAUUCCAUUGCCCGUACUAUUGCACCUACUGGUACAUUGUAUUCAUUCGAAUAUCAUGAAGAGCGUGCCAAAAUGGCUGAAAGGGAAUUCAAGGAACACGGAUAUGGAGAUAUAAUAAAAAUGCAUCACCGUGAUGUCUGUAAAGAAGGCUUUCAGUUGCAUGAUUUGGUGGAUGCUGUAUUUUUAGAUUUACCAGCGCCUUGGGAUGCAAUUGCUUCAGCUAAACAAGCAUUUAAACAAGAUAGAACGGGAAAGAUUUGUUGUUUCAGUCCUUGUAUUGAACAAGUAGCGCGGUCAGUAACCGCUUUAGAGCAGCAUGGUUUUGUCGAAAUUACAAUGUAUGAAUGUUUGAUCAAAGAACAUAUAGUUACACCUUUACAAAAGUUCGACUUUUCAGCAGCCCUGCAAGAUGCAAGAGAAAGAAAAGAAAAGGGUUUGCCUCCAUCGGAUUCUUUUGGUGUAAAACGAAGAUUAGCUAGAGAUGAACGUACAGUGACACCUCAAGAGAUUGAAGAAGCGGCAAAUUUGAUGUUAGUUUCGAAAACAAUAGGCGAAACAAGAGGACAUACUAGCUAUUUGACGUUUGCAACCUUCUUACCCUUUACAACAGCAUCAUAG